UGCCCGUUACACUUUGUGACAUACAUAAACCUUCACAAAAGUGAGCAAAGUUGUGGUAGACACAAGAACUCAUUCAGCACACCAUCGUCAUCCAUGGAAGAAUCAAAGGCACCAGAGGCUGCACCACCACUCUCUAACCCACCACCAACCACUCAAACUCAAACUCAAAUCCCUUCCUCCACAACCAGGAAGAGGCCACUCGACUCUGAUGUUCACUCCAAUUACUUCAAGCUUCGCGCUGUUGUUCGAGACCUUCGCCCCCAUUUUAUCCAGGUUCUCCAAACCCCUGACUUCAAAAAUUGCAAGGCAUCCGAGGAAAUUCGAGAACGGCUGAAGAUUGUGAUUAAAUUAUGCGAUAACAUGAAAACAUUGGAUCAGAAAACACUGCAAGAGCAGCAGCCACAACAUGUCAAGUCUCCAGAGCAGCUUCAAGUGGAGAAAUCUUUUGCUCGGCAAUCGGAAAUUAAGCUUACCCCGCCAGUUCCCGGUUCUCAGAAGCUACAGCCUGAUCAAGAUAGUCAGAUACAUGGGACAUAUGUAGUUGGAGGAUCAGCUUUUGGCUGGAAUUUCAUCACCUUCGCAGGCAAGGAACCUGUCUAUUAUGGCAGGACAAAGGAGCAAUUUCGAUCAGCAAGACUGACAAGUUCUAUAUAGCAACAGUGACUGAGUAAUCCUAUACAUGGCGCUAAGGCUCAAUCAAGAAAUUUCAAUAUGCUCAGCAAGUACAGAGUACAAGUUAUUUCCAUAAAACCGUUUGUCUCCCCUUAGUAAUUUUGUUUUUGUGGUUAACAUCCUUAUAAAUUCACCAUGAGACUAAUAUUUUUGCUACUAGGUGGAUUUCAUCUCAGAAAGCAAAUUGUAGUUUUCGUUAAAAAAAUUAGUGAACAGAGAAAAAUACACUUCUGAUUCUCAUGCAA